GCGAAACAAACAUGGCGACGGAGUGGAGUGGACGCGGCUUCAUGAGAACUUUACUGCUCUUUUGCUGCCUGGCGGCGGGCAGCCGAGCCCAGACGGGCGAGUCGAAGCCGCGGCCCCCGACGCGGAUACUCGGAAUGCGGCUGGAGAGGAGCGACACGCCGGCCGAGACGACCGAGCGGGGGAUCAUCCAGGUAACCGAGGGCAGCGACAUCCUGGUCAGGUUCUAUGGGCUCCACCUGUUCCCCAACAGCUCGGCGCUCGUCCGCUUCACGGAGCUUUACUCCAGCGAGCAGGAGGACGACGACCACGGCGCCGUGGAGGUGCAGAACCUGACGUGUGCCGAGGACACCAAGGACCUGGUGGUGAAGGGCUCCAUGCGGGUGAGGAACCAGGACACCUCCGGGCUGCUGAACGUCACCGUCAAGCAGCUCCGCAAGAGCGAGGUGGUGAAGGUGUUCGCCCUGUGCGUCCGAGACCCCCUCCAGCCCACGGAGACCUGGUCCCUGCUGGACGAGCAGGACGGCCGGGUGCGGGUGGUGGAGGUGAAGAAGUCCCUGCUGCCCAUUUGGCUGCAGAUCAUCCUCAUCUCCUUCCUGCUGGUGCUGUCGGGCAUGUUCAGCGGGCUCAACCUGGGCCUGAUGGCGCUGGACCCCAUGGAGCUCCGCAUCGUGCAGAGCUGCGGCACCGAGAAGGAGAAGCGCUACGCCCGCAAGAUCGAGCCCAUCCGCCGGAAGGGCAACUACCUCCUCUGCUCGCUGUUGCUGGGCAACGUCCUGGUCAACACCACGCUCACCAUCCUCCUGGACGACCUCACCAAUUCGGGCUUCGGCGCCGUCAUCGCCUCCACCGUGGGCAUCGUCAUCUUCGGCGAGAUCGUGCCCCAGGCGCUGUGCUCGCGCCACGGCCUGGCGGUGGGCGCCAACACCAUCCUGGUCACCAAGCUCUUCAUGCUCCUCACCUUCCCGCUCUCCUGGCCCAUCAGCAAGCUGCUGGACUGCGUCCUGGGCCAGGAGAUCGGCACCGUGUACAACCGGGAGAAGCUGGUGGAGAUGCUGCGGGUCACCGAGCCCUACAACGACCUGGUGAAGGAGGAGCUCAACAUGAUCCAGGGCGCCCUGGAGCUGCGGACCAAGACGGUGGAGGACGUGAUGACGCCCAUCGGCAACUGCUUCAUGAUCCACAGCGACGCCUUGCUGGACUUCAACACCAUGUCCGAGAUCAUGGAGAGCGGCUACACCCGGAUCCCCGUCUACGAGGGCGAGCGCUCCAACAUCGUGGACGUCCUCUUCGUCAAGGACCUGGCCUUCGUCGACCCGGACGACAGCACCACGCUGAAGACCAUCACCAAGUUCUACAACCACCCGGUGCACUUUGUCUUCCACGACACCAAGCUGGACUCCAUGCUGGAGGAGUUCAAGAAAGGGAAGUCCCACUUGGCCAUCGUGCAGAAGGUGAACAACGAGGGCGACGGGGAUCCUUUCUACGAGGUGCUGGGCUUAGUCACGCUGGAGGACGUGAUCGAGGAGAUCAUCAAAUCAGAGAUCCUGGAUGAGUCGGACCAAUACACUGACAAUCGUACGAGGAAGAAGGUGGCUCCCAACAAGAACAAGAGGGACUUCUCGGCUUUCAAGCACGAGAGCGAAUCCAAGGUCAAGGUCUCCCCGCAGCUGCUGCUGGCCGCCCAUCGCUUCCUGGCUACAGAGGUGGCCUUCUUCAACCCGACACAGAUCUCAGACAAAGUCCUGCUGCGAAUCCUUCGCCACCCCGACGUGAUCCAGGAGAUCAAGUUCAACGAGAGUGAAAAGUGCUCGCCGCAUCACUACGUCUACCAGAGGGGCAAGCCCGUCGACUUCUUCAUCCUCAUCCUGCAGGGUCGAGUGGAGGUGGAGGCCGGCAACGAGAACAUGAAGUUUGAGACGGGACCUUUCUCCUACUACGGCAUCAUGGCGCUCAGCGCUCCCUUGCUGGUGGCUCCACCUCAUCCUCGCCUCGUCUCCUUUAAGAGGUUUUCUCUGUUCUCUCGGUUGCCAGAUUUCCGCUCGCCGUCACACCUCAGCGGCCUGAACCGCACGUCCUCGCUGAGUGGCGCCGACCGCACCGAGUCGCUGUCGGUCAGCGGCAGCAACAAUCAGCUGAACUGCAGCGUCACCUUGACCCAGCAGUACAUACCCGACUUCUACGUGCGCGCCCUCACCGACCUGCAGUAUGUCAAGAUCACACGCUCGCAGUACCAGAACGGCCUGAUGGCGUCCCGCCUGGAAAGCACGCCGCAGUCUCCCGAGAGCGUCCACCAACUGGCCGGCGUGACCUUGACCACGCCCCCCGCCGCCGCCACCUCCAACAACGCCCUCAACGACCUCGGCGUGGACGCCGCCAUCACGGAGAACGGGCCCGACGAGACCACGCUGCUGCUCCUCAACGAGCAGAACUUGGCCCACGCCGCCAACAACCACAGCCAGCAGGAGAACAGCGUGUGAGGCUCCGCCCCCCCCCCCCAGGCCUCGCCCCGACCGUCACCCCGCCCUGACCCGCGCACGUUUGCACGCAUGCACUAUUAUGAUUGGAUGUUUGCCGGGGAGGGGAGGAGUCUGUUUGUGUGACACGCCAAAGUGCACAAACCCCGCCUUCAUUUAUCCUCGGUUCCCUUCUUGGACCACUAAGCUCCUCCCCCUCCCACGUCAUGCCGCCUCUUCACUUUCCCCCGAACGACGAGACUCAGGGAGACUCCGCCCCCUCAUCGCACAUCGUCGUGUGUGUGGCCUAAAGCUUUGUGUUGUUUGCUGGCCCCGCCCACAAAAUGGAAGCCCCGCCCAACUCGCCUCAUCCGCACAGCUGGAGUCCAAUCAAAAUUGUCCGAUAUUCCGUAGAGAGUUUUAUUGUUGGCGACAAUCAGUGCGAUGAUGAAUGUAGCGUUUGUGUGUUUGUGCGUUUGUGCGUCACAGGAAGCAAAAUAUGUGCAGUUCGCUUUAAGGGAUCGGAAACUUUAUUUAUUUGGUGCAAAGAUUACGGGGCCACACUGCGGUGAAGAGUUGUUAGUCGCAAUGUUACGAGAACAAAUUGCCCAUUUUCCAAGAGUAAAGUCGUAAAAAUUGCGACGAAAAAAGUCACGUCAGGAGAAUAACGUAAAAAAAGACGACUUUUAAGUAGUCACGAUAUCAGCGUCUCACUUUAACGUCAUGAAAAUGUCAAAUCUACACGGAAUAUUUCACAUUUGUCGGAUUAUUGCUACGAUGUUUUUAACGUAGAAGCUACUUUGUUAUCGGAAAAAAAAUACUUUAUCUUCGCAACUUUUUUCUCAUAAAAUGAAAACUUCUGUCCUGACAAUAUUAGCAUCUCAUUCUCAUUUUUGCUUUUUCCUCGUUAAAUUACGACUUUUUCCUCGUGAAGUUACAACUUUUCUUCUAAAAAAAUACUCAUUAGUACGUAAUACGACAUUGAAAUAUUACUCCAGUAGUGAUGUCAAAUUUUUGGGGGGGUAAAAAAUUGAGAAAACAUUUCGCACAAUGGCAACUUUUCCAUCGUAAAAUUCCGAUUAUUUCGCCAUAGUUCAACUUGAAUCCCGUUAAUCGGAUACUUUUUUCCUUGCAGUAUUAGCAUCAUAUUCUAAUUUAUGCUUUUUCCUCGUUAAAUUACGACUUUUUCCUCGUGAAGUUACAACUUUUCUUCUUUAAUAUUUCAACAUGAUACUCAUCAGUACGUAAUACGACAUUGAAAUAUUACUCCAGUAGUGAUGUCAGUUAUUUUUUUUCGGUAAAAAAUUGAGAAAACGUUUCGCAAUAGUACGACACAAAAUAGCAACUUUUCCAUCGUAAAAUUCCGAUUGUUUCGCCAUAGUUCAACUUGAAUCCCGUUAAUCGGAUACUUUUCUCCUUGCAAUAUUAGCAUCAUAUUCUUAUUUUUGCUUUUAAUCGUUAAAUUACGACUUUUUCCUCGUCAAGUUACAACUUCUCUUCUUUAAUAUGUCAACAUGAUACUCAUCAGUACGUAAUACGACAUUGAAAUAUUACUCCAGUAGUGAUGUCAGUUAUUUUUUUUCGGUAAAAAAUUGAGAAAACGUUUCGCAAUAGUACGACACAAAAUAGCAACUUUUCCAUCGUAAAAUUCCGAUUAUUUCGCCAUAGUUCAACUUGAAUCCCGUUAAUCGGAUACUUUUUCUCCUUGCAGUAUUAGCAUCAUAUUCUCAUUUAUGCUUUUUCCUCGUUAAAUUACGACUUUUUCCCCGUGAAGUUAAAACUUUUCUUCUUUAAUAUUUCAACAUGAUACUCAUCAGUACGUAAUACGACAUUGAAAUAUUACUCCAGUAGUGAUGUCCAUUUUUUGGGGGGGUAAAAAAUGUAGAAACAUUUUCGCAAUAGUACAACACAAAAUGGCAACUUUUCCAUCGUAAAAUUCCGAUUAUUUCGCCAUAGUUCAACUUGAAUCCCGUUAAACGAAUACUUUUCUCCUUGCAAUAUUAGCAUCAUAUUCUCAUUUUUGCUUUAUCCUCGUUAAAUUACGACUUUUUCCUCGUCAAGUUACAACUUUUCUUCUGUAAUAUUUCAUAAUACUCAUCAGUACAUAGUACCAAAUUCAAAUAUUACUCCAGUAGUGAUGUCAAUUCUUUUUUUUGUAAGAAAUUUAGAAACAUUUUCGCAAUAGUACGACACAAAAUGGCAACUUUUCCAUCGUAAAAUUCAGAUUAUUUUGCCAUAGUUCAACUUGAAUCCCGUUAAACGAAUACUUUUCUCCUUGCAAUAUUAGCAUCAUAUUCUCAUUUUUGCUUUAUCCUCGUUAAAUUACGACUUUUUCCCCGUGAAGUUAAAACUUUUCUUCUUUAAUAUUUCAACAUGAUACUCAUCAGUACGUAAUACGACAUUGAAAUAUUACUCCAGUAGUGAUGUCCAUUUAUUUUUUGGGUAAAAAAUUGAGAAAAUAUUUCGCAAAAUGGCAACUUUUCCGUCGUAAAAUUCCGAUUUGGCCAUAGUCCAACUCAAAUCCCGUUAAAUGGAUACUUUUCUCCUUGCAAUUUUAGCAUCAUAUCGUCAUUCCAAGGUUAUUGUGGUAAAAGAACUGUCAUGAAAUUAUUUCAUUCCUGUCAAAUGUCAACUUCGUACUCACUUGUACGUUUUAUAAUGCUCGUAAUAUUACGACUUUUUCCUUCAUUCUCAUAAUAAUGAUAGUUUGCAUUUAUUUUUCGCAAUAGCAUGAUAGAAAAUUUGCCAUUGAAAUGAUGACUUCCUUUUGAUGAUAUUUCAAAUUUCACUUUGUAAUUUUAGCAUCUCAUUGUUAUUUCCAGGUCGUUCUAAUAAAAGGAAACAAUAUUGCUUUAUUCUCGUAAUAUUUCAACGUUGUUUGCUAAUCCUGUGAAAAUGCAAACGUACUUUUUGUCAUAUCGCUCGUUAAUGCCUACUUUACUUUCACCAAGUGCUGUUCAGUAAAAUGUCGGAUCUUUAAAAAAAAUUUCAACUAUAUUUCAGUAAUGACUAUUCUCGUAAAAUGACAAGUUUUCUCUUGUUUAAAAAAGACAACUUUAUUCUAAUAAUAUUCCACAUUAAUUCUUGUGACAUUUUUCUUUUUUUUUUUUACUCUUCAUUAUUUCUUUUUUUGCACUCUUUUCAGUGUGGCCCUCGUAGUACUUUUGAAAACCACCGUAUUUUUGUGCGAAAUGUGAUAUCGUUUCUUCUGCCUCACAGUGAGAUGUUUUUUUGGGGGGGGUAUUUUUUUUUGGGUUCGUCGUGGAAAUGUGAGACGAUGACACACACUCCAACUUUUUGGUUUGACUGUAACAACAACAACAACAACGAGCAUUGUGCUUUCUUUCUUUGCUUGCAACUGUAAUUCCUACAAAUAAUAAUAAUAAUAAUAAUAAUCGCUUCCCUUGGUGAGACACUGACAACAGAAGAAGGCUGCAGCUGCUCUACUUUUUUUUUAAAUUAAUUGGCAGGUAAAUGUAUGUCUGAUCACAGGGCAUUGUGGGAUUUUUUCGGGUUGUAAACGUUGGCCUUUCCAGUUGACUGUGAAUUGUUUUUUUAAUGCAGCAACACCUUUUUGUUGAAUGAAUGGUACAUUAAAAACUCAUUAAAUUGCAUUAGUGUUCAUAUUAACAUACAGUACUGUGCAAAAGUCCAUCUAUCCAACACAGCAGCACCCACAGUGUCAAUCAAGCCUUACAUACGCUACAUUUUUAAAAAAUAUUCUGCGACUUGCACGUUUUUUUGCCGCAUUUUCUCCAUUGCGCUUUCCCUUGGCAUAAAAUGUAAUAUUUUGCACGUAUUGUUGAAUAUUAAGAAAUAAAACACUUGUGUGGUACAUGGGCCAAAGAAAACGCCUGUAAACCUUUUUGUAAUAUUCUCAGCAAUACAAUAAAUCACCAUAGUGACUAUUUUUAUUUUUUUUAUUAAAUAAAUAAUGACUUCUUUGAAAGCUUUUAAGUAACUCAGUCAGUCAUGCAGGUAUAGAAAAUAAAAAGAUAGUAUACGCUUAUGCAGUACUAACAUUAUUAUGGGCACUUAUCGCUAAAAUAGAUACUUCAAAUGGGAGGCGGAAGGAAAAGUAGUCCCUCCCAACGCAAUGUCAGUAAGCCUUUUUUUUAUAUUAAUGUAGAAGUAUCCACACAAUAAAGCUAAAAUUAGAUCAGUCUCAGCAAAAUGUCGAUACUGGAACUCGAGAAUCGACAUUUUUCCGUCAUCGGCGUAAGCAUAUCCACGCCCUCGUGUGCCCGUAAUCGCCCGCCUGUGAAUAGGCUGUAAUUAGCCUCCUCGCUAACAAACAAGUGAACAAAACAUCCACUGGUGACUUUUGCACAGUAUUUUAUUUUAUUUUUUUGUCAAUACUGCGGGAGUAUUUGGCCAAAGAGUCGUUUUAUUUUUGGAUGUUUUUGUACGUGGGGUGUCACGCAUUUAAGGGAACACUAAAAGUACCUCGCAGUACUUUUACGAAGAGAGCCUCUUUUUGUGUUUGAAAGCACUUUAUUAGCAACCUCGUCACCCAAAAAAAGAAGAAAAAAAAAGCCACAAAUAUGCCAAAGUUUUUAUGUCGCAAUAAUGGAAAAAAAGUACUCUCCAGGAUUUUAUCACAAUUUCAAAAUGUUCAAAUUGUUUUCCAAGCAAUUAAUCAUCAUUGUGUUGCCUUCACUGUCCCUCUGUCAUUUGGACACUUUCUUAUCUGCUUUCAAUGAAAUCAAACUGUUUCGUGUUUUUUUUGUUCCGAGUGCCUGACUGUUUUUGUACCUCAAAAAAAAACAACACUGUCGAUGAUGAUUGUCCGUUGCCGACUAUCUUCUAUUUUUAUUUUCUUGUUUUGGUCGUCGCUGUGGUUGUUUCCACACUGAUCCGGGAACAGCGGGAAUGCUAAACGGAGAAAAAAAACGUCACCAAAAAAAAACACACAAAACUGUCCUUCAUUCCCGACGGUGCGCUUUAAUAAGAAAUCCCCAAAUGAAAGGUGUAAAUAGUGUUUUAUAAUUUCUUGUCUUAAUGAGUUUUCAUGAUGAUGAUGAUGAUGAUGGAUGUUGUUAUUAUUAAUAAACCUGAGAUCUAUUUCUCUACGACGACGCUUGGUGCUGGGAUUUUUUGGGGGGGGCUGCAUGAAAUGGGGAGACAAUAUUGCAAAGCAAGGUGUAAAUGUAAUGAGGAUAUGUAAUAAAAAUGACAAUAAAUAUGUUUUUUAGGGG